AUGGCCGUGAAGAAACGGUAUCGUGAAUUGCCUGAAGAAGAAGAUGACUUAAAUGAGAAACCCCCUGCGAAGCAAAAACAUCCCAAAGAGGUUGCCAGCCUCCAGGUCUCGGGCUUGCACGCUGCCAAAUGGGACUUGAAUGUGACUUUGCAAUCAUCUACUACACACGAUGAAGAAGCCGACUGUCGCACACGACAUUGUCAUUAUCGCCGUCUGGGAACGGAUGAUUGCAUAGUUGGCAUUGAUUGCAUGAGUGGGUGGGUUGAGUUGGUGGCACAGACGUUGCCCCUGCUCAGAAGUCUAUUGAUCGCGAAUGCACGUACCUUCAGGGCCUGA